AUGACAACAAAAACUGAUGCUGAAUGGAGAGCUGUUCUUACACCUGAGCAGUUUAGAGUACUUCGUCAAAAAGGAACGGAACCACCCGGAACAGGAAAGUACAAUAAAUUCCAUGAGAAAGGAGUUUAUCAUUGUGCUGGAUGUGACGCACCACUUUAUGUCUCUGAUACAAAAUUUGAUAGUGGAUGUGGUUGGCCAGCAUUCUUUGAUGCUAUACCUGGUGCUAUUAUAAGACAUGAGGAUAAUUCACACGGUAUGCAGCGUAUAGAAAUAUGCUGCUCCAAGUGUGGUGGUCACCUCGGUCAUGUAUUUAAAGGUGAAGGUUUUCCUACGCCCACAGAUGAAAGGCACUGCGUCAACAGUGUCAGCUUACGUUUUAAAGAAUAA